GCCAGGAACAGCGCCAGUGUGCAUCGCACCCGUCGGGACAUGGGCAGCGCCUGCUUUUCCUCUUUUCUGAACAACCGCUCGCUUCGAACACGCUGAGGAUGUCCUCGUCGAGCCGAGCCCGCGGCAGCCGUCUCACCCCCGGCGAUGGCUGACAGCAGCGGAGAGUUGCAGGGCUCCUCUCUCGCUGAUUCCAUGGCCGGGCUUUGAUCCGAGGAGGAGCAAUCGAUUGCAAACCAUUUCCCCCACCACCUCCUACACGGUACACUCACUCAAACACUCCAAGCCGCCAUGGAACGCGCAGCUCCUCCAGCCAUCAACCCCAGUCAUACUCACCGAUUGGAAGGCAACAUGAUGAAAUCCCCUCCCUCCUGUCUGAAGUCUGGCAACGUCAAAGUCUACCUAAAGAAAUGGAGCAUUUGGGACAAAUUUUAUAACUUGGGCACUGAGAUGAGGAUGUCCAAACGCGGCAGGUUUAUGUUCCCAUACUGUGAGUACUCCGUUUCUGGGCUGGAUCCUGAGAAGAACUACAUCAUGGCAAUGGAUAUCUCUCCAGUGGACAACUACCGCUACCGAUAUAAUGGGUGCAAAUGGCAGAUCAAUGGAAAAGCAACCCCACAUGUGACAGGGAGACUUUACUUCCACCCAAAUGGCAGUGUUUCUGGGAAGGAAUGGAUGGCUAAGCCAGUGUCUUUUGCCAAAAUGCGAUUAACCAACUGCCCAACUGCAGAAGAAGGUAAUGCAAUCCUUCAUUCCAUGCAUCGAUAUGUCCCCCAGUUGCACAUCAUUGUGGCUGAUGGAAUCAUUGAGAAGCUAAACCUGAAUGAUCCUCGGGUCUACACGUUUGUAUUUGAACAGACUGAGUUCUUUGCUGUGACAAAAUAUGAAAACAAAUUUAUCAGGCAGCUAAAACACUUCUAUAAUCCUUAUGGCACUGCACUGCGAGAUGUAAAGACUUCAAAACAGGAUGUUAAUAGUCGAAGGCCUAGGAAACGAUGUGAAAAAAAACCCCUGUACCCCGCAGUAAAAAUCCACAAUACCAUGACUGAUCAAGAACCUAAGGAGGAAUUUAAGACAAUAAUUCCUGUAAAGGAUGGUGCAGUAAAAAUCCAGGAGAGUAUGAAUAAUAGAGGGUCCGCAGAAGAAAUGAGAGAAAGUGUGUCUGUCAAAAAUCUAUUGCAAAUAGAGGGGUCAUUCAGUUUAAAAGGCUCUCUUGGUGACUCAGUGGAGUUUGGAAACCUCGAGCAGAAGUUACGGAAUGAUUUGCAUUGGAAUGGGACGCAUGAAAUCCUUCAUCCAGCACUACAGGAAUCUGGAAUAAAACUGAGUGACCUCCAACUCGCUGAAUGUAUAAAUGUGGAGCAUUUAGGACUGACUUCCAUGCAGAAUGUUGAAUUGGUUUCCUCUUUUCCUGUAAAUGAAUCGCAUGGGAUUCGAGAAACUGGGAUUCCAUUUAUCUCCCGGACAGGAAAAACAAAUGAUCUCACCAAGAUUAAGGGCUGGAAACACAAGUUUAACCUGCAACCUGGGUCACCCGAAAACAAAUCGAGUCCGUCACCUUCAAGUGUCAGCCCAGCAGUUAUUAAAAAUAGAUCAGCAUUUGUUAGUGACUUGCUUGAUGAGUAUCUGGAGAAAGAAGGGAAGAUCAUUGAGCAGUCACUCUUGUAUGACAAUGAAAUGCCAGAGAUUGGUUGUCAAACUCCAACCACGUUGGACCCAUCAUGCAGUAUACAACAAAACACAACUCGUUCACCUGACUUUGGUGCACCACUGAAAAAUAGAUCUACGCACUUGGAAAUGUCUCCAGUGUUAGAGAAACAUUUUAGUGUCACAAACAAAGGCAUUUUCAUCAGAGAUAUACAAAGCACCAGUGUGGAUGUGAAAGCUAAGUGUAGAACACAGAAGAAUGACAAUUUGACAGCUAAAAGGCCUAAAAUGCCCAGUCAAUAUGACAAUACAACACAAUUAGCCAGUAACAAUAAAGACUCUGCAAUUUGUGCCACAGCUCCACAGAAGAAACAGCUAAAACCAGGUUCUAUGUAUCUUAAGGUUGUUCCCGUGGCAUCAAGUCCUAGUGGAAGGAAGAAAUCCAACAUUUCACAAAAUCAAACUGAGAUGAUUUAUAUUUCAGAUAAUAAGAAUGCUGAGAAGUUGGAACCAGGAAAUCUCCAAAUUGAGUCUACAUCCCAAGCCACACUAGAUUCAUCCUUAGUAAUGGAGCAUCCAUCAACAACAAACCGAUCAACUGCUUCAAAGGUUGUUGAAGUCAUCUCCUACUGUAAUUGGAAUGAAAGUCGUGUUAAGGUUAUUAAGUUAAUUGCUGAAUGUGCUAUGGCCAAUAAACUUCCCUUGAUACAGCGAUUGGACAAAUACAAGAUUAAUUUGGAAAAAAGUGAUGGAACUUUAUUUCCACCUAAGAGGAGGAUCGAUGUGAGAGCAACCAUCCAAAAUGUCUCAGAUUCAGAACAUGGAUUUAUUAGGCCCCUGGUGCAGAAUAUGGUGAUUGAAGCUGUGGCUGGCAAUUCUGCCUUCAAAACAAAGCUGAAUCACUUAAUAUCCAAGGUCUCCAAAGAUAGUUCUAAGCAAACAAGAAUCGAACGGCUUAAUUCUUCAGUUCAUGUUGUAAUGGAUUUAGAGAAAAAUGUCUCCUCGCCAGAAAAGUGCCCGAGUGAAAUCAGUUGUACCACCAACCCAUCCAACAGACCUACUGCAGAAGGUAAAGCUCAGUCAUUGCCAGUGAUUACAACACAGAAAAGGGAACAAGGAGUUUCCAUUGCAGCUACUGACACUACUGUGAAAAAUGUGUCCGAAGCCCCUGCUCCUAUUAGAUCUGCGGUCACUACAUUCCAGAGAAUUGGGGCUUUGAGUGCAGCCCUGACCAAUACAACUGCAACACCAACUCCAAACUGCUUCAUGAAUUCUGUUGCAUUUGGAAACAAACCUGAGACAUCAGCAGCUAUUCCCACCCGUUAUCUAUUGUGUAAAACUAAUUCAUCUGGAUUGUCUUCAGGUUCAGCUGCCUCUCUGGAUCAAGAUGGCCGUCGACAAUGCAUUGCUGUCCCAAACACUUUGAAACUACAGCCAGGAGACAAUCUGAUGCUUCAGCCUAUCAAAGCUGCUGACGGCCGGCAGUUGUACAGACACUCCAGUGGGAAAAUCUUCCAGCUAGUUUACACAAAGACUCCAGAACAGACUCCAGUGCAACAGCUGAACAUUCCCCAGUCACCAGUUCCAGGAACAACCUCAGUGGUCAAAAUCCUCACAUCUACAACGACUACUUUGGGAGGUGAUGCUAACACUCCUCUUUGUAACACAGCUGCUACAGAUUCGGAACUGUGUACCAAAACCAGUUUAUCAGGAGUAAGUAUCGGAAGUUUGCACAAUUCCACACCGCUGUGUGAUGUAACCACAACAAAGCAGCAACUUCAGAGUAGCUCUGCAACUUGGACAUUGGUAGAUCAGCUUUCUCCAUCCCAGUCAUUACGUAUGUUUUCAGAGACCACUACGCGCCCUGAACAGCACGACAAUAUCAUUCCUUUGGCCGAUUGCCAAACAAAAGCAAAUCUUGUUAAUUUAAGCAAUGACAUGUUUGACUUUGAAAUGAAUCCAGUGAAAUCCUUUGAGCCAGGGGAAAUCGAUCAAACAGCUGUUACUGUUAACUCUUUUCCUAUCAAAAGUGAGACAAUUAUGGUCAUUGGAGCCUGUGAAACAAAAUGGGUGCCUGAGGAUAGUAGAUUUACAGAAGGUUGCAAAAGCACAGGUAGCAUGGAAAAAUUAAAAUCUCAGCUUAAUGCAAACAAGCCAGGUGAAACCCAUAUUAAAGUUGAGCGAGAUUUACCAGAAAUAAAUGGUGAUGAGCCCAUGGAUCCUGAUGGCCCUGAAAUCUGCACUGUAACCGUAAAAGAGGAGCCUUUGAAUGAUGAGGAAGACAAUAGCUUUGCUGCAUGGAGAGAAGAGUCCUUUAGGAGCUCCAAGUUCUGGAACCGUUCAUUCAAUUUAAAUACAGAAGCUGUGACUGAAGCUGAGUUAGGUGUGCAGACUCUUUCAAGCAAUAGAAAUAGAGAUGGGGUUGGAAACCUGGUGUCGAAUUCAAGAUUCGCAAGAAAUUCAUCGAUUGCCAAUAACCCUGCAGUACCACACAGGGGAUUUUUCCAGAAUUCACAAUCAUUCAGCCAUUCAACUAAAAAAAGGGUAUAUGAACCCUCUGUGCUAUGUGAAGCUAGAAAGAAGGCAAUAUUACACAACUUGAGAGAACGAGAGUCACGCAGGAUGAUGGAAAAUCGUUUUAAAGUAUUGAAGAAUAAACUUUUUGAUGACCGACAAAUUGCUUCAAAGGGUGCCAUCCUUGAUGAGGCCAUCGAUGUAAUCAAUAACUUGGAUAGGCAAUCCAAAAAUCUAACAAUGGAGAAGGAACUACUUUUGGGAAAACAGAAAAUCCUGUUAGAAAAGAUCUCACUGUUAUCUGCAGAGAUGGAACCUGAUAUAACACAAGAUGGCGUUGAAGCUGGUGAAAUAAUUGAAACCGGUGAGACGUUGAGUUUCUCAAGUGGGAGAGUUUCCUCUUCCCAGAAUUCCUUUGGAAUGAAAUGGUUUCCAGAAGAUGGUCCUUUGGAUGAGCAUGGGACAGAUUGCGGAAUAAAUCUAAAAUAUGAGGUGAACUUGACCGGUUCCGACGAUAUAGUUGCAGUUAAGGUUGGUGACUACUUCAAUGAAAAAUGUAACAGUGAACGUGACUAUUCUGGCAGCACCAACAGUUUUGCAGUGAAAAGAGAAGAAAAUCUUAGCCAAGAAGAUUGCUCCACUGUCAGCUCAGCAAAUGAAGAAUGUUCUGGAAGCUCCAGGUUUUGUAACUUCUCAGAUUUUGGCACUGAAAUGGAGGCUUUGAAUAAAAUGAGCAUGCGGUGCAGUGAGCCAUCUAGGGGUUGGAUAGCCAACAGGAAGGCAACAUCACAUACACUGAGAGAACGAGAAUCACGCAAGUUGAUGGAAAAUCGUUUUAAAUUAUUGGAGAGCACUGUAUUCAAUGACAAAAAAGCUCCAAAAGGUGCCAUUCUCACUAAGGCCAUUGAUGUAAUCAGUGACUUGGAUUUGCAAUCAGAAGAACUAUUCAGGGAAAAGGAACUGUUAAAGAAAAAGCAAAAGAAGUUGUUAGAGGAAAUUUCACUUCUUGCAGAUACAAGAUCUGAUGCAACUGAGGACCAAGCAGAAGAUGAGCACUUCUUUGGUGCUAAGACCACUGGGGCAAGAGGCUUAACAUUUCAGAAACCUGAACCACACUGGCUCGAAAGCAGUAAACCAUCUGACACUGCAGUAAUAAAAGGCAACAUGGCUUCUCUUUUAUCAGAACGUCAUGAUGCACAUUGCACUGGAGGAGCUGACUGGGGGCAAGAUAAGUUAAAGGCCAACAGUCUUUUUCCAGUUAAGAUUGCAGGAGACCUCAAAGAGAAACAUUACCAGGAACAGCUGAAUCCUGAUGGUUAUGAUUCCACUGCUUUAAGAAGAAGGAUUUUUAAUGGUAAAGAUGAAGAUGCUGUUUUCACUGCAGGAAGGGAGUCGUCCAUUGGGAGCUCUGACUUUGGCAGUCAUUCGGAUUUUGAUGUAAAUACAGACGAUGUGAAUGAAAUUGAUGUGGAAAUACUGAGCCAUUCAGACAGCGAAUAUUUAGAUAUUGAGAUGGAAGAUGGUGAAGUCACUGAUGGAACCUCAACAGCUGAGAAAUUAUGUGCACCUCCCAGAUGGCAUUUUCACAAUUAUUCGCAAUCUCACAAGUUUUCACCCAAGAGAAAGAUUUACAAUUCAUCGGAGCUGAGGAAAAGCAGAAAGAAUCCACUGCUGCACACUAUUAGAGAGAGAGAGUGGCGCAAACUUAUGCAGAAACGUUUCAGUGAGUUAAGGGAGCUGCUGUUUGAGGACGAGCGGGUUUCUAAACGUGCUAUUCUUGAUGAGGCCAUCAGUGAAAUUCAAAAUCUGUGUCAGCAAGGACAUAAACUUUAUUUGGAGAAAAAGCUACUGAUGAAAAAACACAAGGCAUUGUUAAAAAUAAUCUCUGUGCUCUCUGGAGAGAAGAAAGGUAAAACUCAGAAAAGUGAUGCUGCUGUUUGUGGGAAGCAUAGUGAGAAUUAUGAUCAUAAUAGGACCUCUGUUUCUCCAGGGCCAUCUCUAUCAUCAGCUGUAAAGGGGAAUAAUGAGGAAUCUACACUGGUACCAGUAGCUGGAACUCCCUUUCGCCUUCUCCUCGAGAAAAUUGCAAUUUCCCCCCAUGGUGAGGAGUAUAGAGAAUGGGACUCUCUUUCCCAGACGGAGGCUCCUGGCACAAAGGAACUACCACCAAGAAGUCUAGUCAUACACCAACAAGAGGAUGCACAUUUGGCUUUCUUAGAGGGCUAUUCACAAAUGACAUCAGCAACACAGCCUAAAGAAGAAAUGCAAAUGCAGAAACUUCCAGAAAGAUUGGAAAACAUUUCUGGGACAGCAUCAACAACCAUCGAUCUAGCAUCAAGGAACCUUAAGAUUGUGCAGGAUGAGAAACAGUGUGCAAAUGCAGUGGGUCUGAGUUUCAAAUCUGCAAAAGAUCUGCUAUCAAAUGGGGACAUUAAAAAACCAUCACAGGAUGCUUUGUAUUGGUCAAAUUCAGUAGGUAAGGACUAUUCUGCAGACUCGUUUGAAAAGGAUCAGGUAGAUUCAAAAUCAACGGUAAAAGGGAAACUGCAGGUUAGCAGAUCAACAAAAGGGCAGGACAUUCUUCAAAAACUGGCUAAGAAGGUGCAAGAGGCUGGAAUUAAACCAUGGACUUGGAAAUCAAAACGUGAAGAUUCAGAAAGUGUCUCUCAAAACUUGUUCGACAGUGAGAGCAAGUCAAUGCAAUGUUUCCAAAAGGCUUCCACCUCCGAUAAUGAGAGCUCUGUUACCCAGUAUGUGUAUACAGAGACUCCUGAUCUCCUUGUGGAAGAUAAAAGCUUACAUAAUUUUCUGCCAGGCCAAACAUUGAAGCAUGCUGCUUCGUUGAACAAAGGAGAUGCAGAUCAAUUGGAGGCUGAGCUAGACAUGGAUUCGGUUUCCUCUGAUGGUUCUACAACAGCAACAUGUGCAGUCAGGGAGCCCAAAAUAUUUAUAUCUUCCGUGGACAUUCAUUCUGCCAAUGAAGCAAAUGCAAAUGGGGGCUAUUUGUUACUAGAUUCCACACAGUAGAAUUUGAAAUUAAAAGUCUCUGACUCUUAAAAUGAUACUGUCCUACACUGUAUUCCAUUGCUGUGCUCACGAUCUUUCCACGCCUUAAUAGAAAGACUUGUCUGGGCAAUAGAAGGCCAGAACAUUUGGGCAGCUUUUGGAAUAACUGAGCCCUAACCAAGACAAGUUUUGAAAUUUAAUUGCACAGACUGUACCCUAUGCUAAUGUUGGAUUUGAUCAACUCAAAGUUUACACACCGCCCUUUUAAGCUGUUCAAGAAAGUCUUGCAAAGUCACUUCCCUCAUCCAGCCGAAAAUGAGAAUGAAAAGGAUUACCUGUAUGAGCAAAUAGAAUUGCAAGUUGUAGAGAUGCAAUAUUAACACUAUUGAGGGUGGAAGAGUUGGAAAUCGAACCAGACUGAUCAUUGCAAUUCCAAUGUGACGAACACAUCCCUGAAAAUUAGAAUAUCUGUCAGAGUGUUUGUAUUUAUGAAGAUUUCAACAGUAAUGAACUCACUCCUCCGUCGCAUCCCACAUAGGUCAGUACUUGAGGCAAACUGCUUAAUUUACCAAAAAAGUGUUCUUUCUUAUGGCAGUGAGAAAACCCAGAUUUUGCCUUAUUAGGAAACAAAACGUCUGUGCAGUUUUAAGAGAACAAGUUCACUUCAUGUGUUAAGAUCUGAAUUUCUGAAGGCUGGGGCCCCACUGUGGUAAAUGCUGAAUUGCUUGCUCUGCAUAACCUAGAGUGAUAGUGGACGAAUCUAUAAUGUUAAAAUGUGCAUAACCUUUUAUAAAUUUGGAUUUUGUACUUCACAGUAUAGGUUAGAACUUCGGUCCAAGUUUAAACAUGGUCUUACGUGGAAUGAAUACAUUUUGCAGAAAUACACAUGCACAAUUCUUUCCCAUUUAUAGCUGUUAAUUUUCAAAUAUCCAGCAGUUUGCAACGGUCUUUCAUUUAUGUUUUCUCCUCCAGGUUUUCAGUUUGUAUUUAAAAGUUUUGAAAUCUUACAAUAAUAUUAAAAUAGAUGAGGGAAGACAGUCUUAAGAAAAUUUGGACCUGUUCUAAAACAACUGCUUGUGGGCUCCAAUAGAAAGCACUCAGCUGAUUAGGGACUUCAAAGAUAUAAAUUCCUCAAGAAUUGCACAAUGCACACUUAUGUAACAAUACACUAUAUUGUGGGAAUUUUGUACUACGCUCUGAAUAGCCUUUCUUGGGGUAAUAUGUAACACUGUUCAAUGUACUUAUUCUUGAUUGUGAGAUUAGUCAUUUUCUUUUGAUAUUGAGUUAUUGGAUAUGAAACUAAUUUCCUCUUGGAGCUGGUGCCUCAUCCUGGCAAAAACUGGAGUGAUGAAGAUCGAAUGCAGCAGAGGAUGAAGUUUGAGUAUUCUGAAGUAGCCCAUAGCUUGCUUAGGGCAACUCCAUUGUUGUGAGCUGUAGGCAUAAAAAUUCAAUUCUCUCUAUUGUAUUGUUUUGGGGAAUGGCCCGCAUUUCUUGGGUAGGUGUAAAAUCAUGCUAUUAUCCUUGCAUAGCACUUCAGUAUGGAGGCUUCGAUCUAGUGUCCAGCAUCUGUAUAAACCUGUUCUAAUUACUUGGGCUUUGACGACGAUAUCCUUCAUGUGCCUCAAGUCUCACUUGUCAUUUGUAUAAAUCACUCAUUUUCUAUUUCUGUUCUUUUAAUUGGAUUUCUGUUUUCAAUUUGUGGAUCUGAAUUUUGAGAGCUGCUGUUAACACUUACCUCAGAAAUGGGCAAAUCCUAUAUUAGGGCUUCAAGAUUGCCUAUACAUAAACUCAUGCAACUUGUUGAGAACUGGGUGUCUACAGGAUUCCUUGUACAUUUCCGAUGCAGUAAGAUUGCAUGGGCACCCGUAGGUGUGAUGGUUUAUUAAAGCAAAUUACUGCAGAUGUCUGAAAUUUGAAAUAAAAAUGGAGAAUACUGGAGAAACUCAGCAAGAGAAAGAGUCAAUGGUUCAAGUUCAAUAUGACUUCUUCAGAACAGUCAUAUUGGACUUGAAAUGGUAACAUUAUUUCUCCUCCCUUCUCUCUCUCUCUCUCUCUCUCUCUCUCUCUUUUCUAUCUCUUCCCAACACCUGACCUUUCACAAGCUGCCAGACCUCUGAAUUUCUCCAGCAUACUGUUUCGAUGGUUUGUUUCUGUACUUUGCCGUAAGUCUGCUCCUUUUGUAUAUAUUACGACAGAUUCUGCAUGGGUAGGAGAAUUGGUCCAAGUGAUAUUAGGAUAUCUCAAUGGAAAAAUACAGUUUUUUUUUACUUAAUAUCCCUUUUGAGUCUUCUCACUGCACAUUGUAUUUUACUGUAUACUACACACAUUUCAAGGACUGUCUUUCACUGGAUUUUAGAUUGCUGCAUGGGAUGCACAUUUAGUUAUAUAAUAGAUUUGAAGAGGUAGUGAUCUGUUCUACCUCCUCAUAAUUUGGAUUCCACUAUCAUGAAGAAUGUUCCUCAGAUGCUUUUCUCCCACCCACUACUUGCCCCCAGGUUUGGCUUUUUCUUUGUAAAAAAAAGUUGUGUGAAAAUGGCCUUUUCUGUUGCUGAAUUAGUGUUAAUUUGUGUAUUUCCUGUUUUGUCAAAAAUCCUUUUGAAAUUACAGACCUGUCUUGACAAUAGUAGGUUUAGUACAUUAGAAGUUUGCAAUGUGACAUAGAAGCAGGAGGCCAUUUGGCCCUUCGAGCCUGCUCCACAAUUCUUCAUGAUCUUGGCUGAUUUGUCCAACCCAGUGGUUUAAUCCUGCUUUCUCUCCAUAAUCUUGGAUCCCAUUUGCCCCAAGCACUAUAUCUAGCUGCCUCAUGAAUACGAUCAUUCAUUCAGCUUUUUUGGAAUCAGAUACUUCCUGUGGUAAUGAAUUCCACAGGCUCAUGACUAUUUGGGUGAAGAAAUGUCUCCUCAUUUCCCUCCUAAAUGGUCUACACCAAAUCCUCAGACUGUGACCCACGGUUUUGGGCACAUUCACCAUAGGGAACAUCCUCCUUGUAUCUACCUUGUCUAGCUCUGUUAGAAUUUUAUAAGUUUCUGAGACCCUAGUUCAUUCGUCUGAACAAUUGUAAAUUAUUUGAACUUUCCUCAUGUCAGUCCCGACGUUGCUGGAAUCAGCCUCGUAAGCCAUUGUUGCACACCCUUGAAAAGGAGACCCGAAAUGCAUAUAGUAUUCUAGGUGUGGCCUCACCAAGGCCCGGAAUAACUGCAACAACACAUCCCUGCUCCUGUACUCUAAAUCUCUCACACUGAAGGCCAACAUACCAUUUGCCUUCUUGACCGCCUGCUGCACCCGCAUACUUACCUUAAGAGACUGGUGCACAAGGACACCUAGGCUCCUGUUGCACAAUCCCCUAUCCCAAUUUACAACCAUUCAGUCAAAGUGAAUAACCUCACAUUUAUCCAAAAUAUAUAGUAUCUGCCAUUGAUUUCUCCAAACACCCAACCUGUCCAGAUCAUGCAGAAGGAUCUCUGCAUGCUCGUCAUAGUUUGCCCUUCUACCCAAAUUGGUAUUAUCUGCAAACUUGGAGAUGUUACAUUUUUUUUCCCUCAUACAAAUCAUUAAUAUAUAUUGUGACUAACUAGGGUCCCAGCACCUAUCCCUGUGGCACCCCACUAGUUACUGCUUGCAAAUGUGAAAAAGACCCAUUAAUUCCUGUUCUUUGUUUUCUCCUCUGCCAACCAGUGUUCUUUCCAUCUCAAUAUACUUCCCCAAUCCCAUGUACUUUAAUCUUGCACAGUAAUCACUUCUAUGGGACUUUGUCAAACCCUUUCUGAAAUUCCAAAUAUACCACAUUGACUGGCUCCCCCUUGUCAACUCUACUAGGUACAUCAUAGAAUUACAACAGCUUUGUGAAAUAUGAUUUCCCCUUUAUAAAUUCCAUGCUGACUCUGUCUGAUCCUGCCACUGCUUUCUAAAUGCUGUGCUUUAAAAUCCUUGAGAAUGAAUUCGAGAAUUUUCCCAACUACUGAUAGUUAGGCUUACUGGUCUAUAACUCCCUGUUUUCUAUCUACCUCCCUUUUUGAAUAUUGGAGUGACAUUAGCUACCCUCCAGUCUGCAGGAACUGUUUGAGUCUAUAGAAUCCUGAAAGAUGACCACCAAUUCAUUUGACAGCUUCUAGAGCGAUUUCCUUAAGUACUGUAGGAUGUAGGUUAUCAUGCCCUGGGGAUUUAUCAGCCUUCAAUCCUAUCAAUUUUCCUUGUGCCUUUUCUCUCCUAAUGUUGAUCUCUCUCAAUUUUUCCUUCUCACUAAAUCUUGCAUCCUCCAAUAUCUCUGGUAUCUGACAAUUUUUUAGAAUAUGUAAGGUCCUUGUACAGUUUCUAAGAUAGGUUAUCUCAUCUUUAGAAAGGAAUAUUACUGCAGAAAAAGCAACACUGGCAGUAUUCACUUAUUUGGAUGGGAACACUACACUAGAGCUGUUUAAAACACUACGUGAAAUGCUAGUCUUCAUGUUCCCUCUGUCUGUUACACUAAAGAUUAUGAUCCAGUCAGUUCGACCAUUUAGAAAUUGCUUCAAUGUCAGGACUGGUAACUGUUUAUUUUAGAAAAGGAAAUAAGUCAAACUACAUUUUUUAAACUAGCAAACUUAUAUUGACUUUUCUUAACGUUAUUCAUCAACUAUUCUUUGCUGAAUGAUUUAAGCCAAAAUCAGUUAAUGUAAUAGAAUCUAGCUUUGAUUUCUUUUUCCAAGUGUUUAAUGAACUGUGUUGUAGAAAGGAUGGCAACUCAUAGCUGGUUUGGAGAGGUGCUAUGUGGGCAGCAGAUGGUUUCUACAAUAAACCACUUUAUUCUUCCCUGGUGUGAAAAUACAGUUAGCUGGCUACUCUUUCCAUCCUUGCUAGAAUACAUUGCUUGAAACAGGGAGUGGGCGUUUCCUGAUCAAUUUGGGCUUUGGGGAGAGGGAGAUGCAUUUGUCGUAAUUAAAACGUAGACUUUCCUCCCCUCUCUCACCUCCCCAUGUUGUAAAACUUAAUUAACUUUGGAAUUGUAUAUCAGGAUCAAUAAAGGGAUACAACAGGUUAAUCUCUCAGCUCCAAUUGUUGCUGAUUAAUUUUAGUCCUGUUAAUAAACCAGUGAGAUUCAGGCCUCCAUCCUGAAAAAAAUCAGCAUCAAAUAUGAUUCAGUUUUCCCUUGAAGGAAAGGUGAAGUUUUAAGUAAUCCUUUCUGAUCACUAUAGUUCCGUCACUACAAGUUAAAAUUUCUUUCCUAUUUUUAAUGUGGUGUUUUGGAAAAAUAUUCUGAAGUAUGCACCUCCAGAGACUGUCCUAAUGCCCCAGCUGUCCAGCAUUGUACUGUAUCUUACUUACCCCAUUGAGCUGGAUCUGCUGUAGGAAAGCAGGUUGAUUGGGAGAAGGAGUAGCUACAUGGACACUGACUAUUGUCUUUAUACCAUGUUUGAAUCUGAGCUGCUUCUGGUUAAAUAUAAAAUUGUGAUUUUAAUAUUGUGGUACUACUCAGUAGGAAAUCCUUUCACAAGGACUGACCUAAGCUGACCUUGUUUCUUUGAAAGUACACCACUGCAAAGUUAAAAUACUAUUUUUAUACUUGAUCUGGAAUGAGGAUUAAGUGACAGUCUGUCCAACAAAAUGUGUCAGUCCACAUCACUUCGACACACCGUCUUAAUAGUUACCCAAAAAAAUCAACAUUAGAAAGCUUUCACAAAUUCCCCCGUGCUCUGUUUUGGGCCUUUGAGUAUUUGAAAGGCUUGCAGCUUUUGCUUUUGAUCAUCACAGUCUAAAUUUCCUCCCUGCCCUAUUUACAUGUUUGGAAUUGUAUCAGAAUAUGCAGAGAUUGAAAUGUGGCAGCUCAAGUAAACAGGGCUGCCAUGUUCAUACAGCAAAGAUAAUGUAGUUUUAUACGUACUGUAGAAGUCUAGUCCACUUCAAGUAGAUAACUAAAAGAACAAUUUUGGUUCCUUAUUUUUGAAGCCUGUCUUCACAGCUAGUCUUCAAAUAUUGUUUACUCCAUGCUGGAUGAAAGAAUAAAUACAUCUUUGAUACAAGAACUCCGUUGCCUGCACCUUGAUUAGCCUGGAGGGAAAUGUGGGUUGGGAUUUAAUUUCAAAUUGCUGUCUCAUGAUCUGAUGCUUAUAAAUAGGAUUCAGACUAUUUGCAUGUUCCAGCACUGUUUCCUACCUAAUAGUUCGCAAGAUAUUAGAAUUGCAUUCAGAUUUGUCAAGGGGAAGUAAAGAAAUUAUUAGCAACACAGCAAUGCUGAUGCAAUAUUCAUCCAAGUGAGAAGGUCAUAAAUCCAAUGCCCCAUCUAAGACAGCCCAGAGUUUGGUCUAACCCUCCAGUGUAUUUUGCAGCAGAGAAAUCGCAUGCUGUCCUAGACAAUGUUUUUUCUUCAAUCAGAAAUUGUUCAGGAGGCUAUUAAUUUUAUUAUUUGUGAGAUCUUUUUGUCCAAAAUGCCUGCUUUUGUUGGCCAUCAUAACAAUCACUGCAUUUCAAAAUUGAAAUUGUGAAGCACCUGAACAUUGAAGUUAUGUCAUAAGGUGCAGUAAAAAUGUGUUUUUUUGUAAUUGUAACAUAAGGUAUUUAUCAGUGUAACUAAUUAAUGUGUUGCAAGAAUUCUGUGAAAAGGUGUGGAUGUAAGCUAGGCUGUGUGAAGGCUCCGGAGCAUGACUGAAUCAUUUAAUGAGGAAAAAGCGGAAGUUGUUCCUUUACUGUUACUACUUAAAAGCUGUAGAAGACACGACUUCCAUUAUUUUUAAAACUCAUGGUAUGUUAAAGUGCUCAAUCACAUAAAGAGUUUUUCUUUCAUAUUGUUGUAGUACUUUGUGAUUAUGGAAUGAAUAUCUUAUUUUGUUUUUUUUAAAUAGCAAAUACUGAUUUGCUAAUGAAUUUAUCUGAACCUGUUUGUAAAGUAAAAUCAGUGUUAUUUGUAUUUUUAAUAUUUUUCAAUGAAAG